AUGAAUUUUGAAUCAGAACCCUAUAAAUUUGUGUGCCAAAAUCCUCGCAAUUAUGAAAAUUAUGAUAUCUGGCACUCUGCCAACCCACUUCAUAACCCACGUUCUCUUUUCUUACUUCAAUAUUCUUUGCUUUCCGUUGUUUCUCAAUUUAUCUAUCUUUGUAUCCAACCUCUUGGUCAAUCAUCAAUUGUAGCUCAGAUUCUUGGUGGAGUAUUACUUGGGCCAACAUUUCUUGGUCACAAAAAGAUAAUGAUAUCAAAUGCAUUGUUUCCUCCAAAAGGGUCAAUGGUAAUUGAAACAACAGCAGCAUUUGGAGCGAUGUUCUUCUUCUUCAUAGUAGGUGUAAGGAUGGAUCCUGGUACAUUAUGGAAGACUGAAAAAAAGGCCAUCAUGAUAAGUGCUUUUGUAUUCCUGUUCACAUUACUAAUUCCAAGUAGUUUAGCCUUCUUGAUGAUUCGUUAUGUUCCCAUGGACAAAAGCCUUUCCAUAUCUCUUCCAUUUAUAGCUCUUUCCCACACCUUUACUGCUUUUGCGGUCGUAACAAUCGUUCUCACGGAGCUGAAGAUUCUAAACACGGACAUUGGCCGAUUAGCCAUGUCGGUCGCAAUGUUUUCUGACAUUGUUGGAUUUUCAUUGGCAAUAAUUCUCUUUUCAGUACUUCAAAACAAAAGUGGUGGUUUUACUAACUUCAUAUCUAUCUUUUCAUCUUUAGCUGCACUCGUUCUUUCGAUUAUCUUUGUAAUGAAACCGUUACUUAUAGGGAUCUCUAAGAAACUAAAAAGCGAAAAGCAUGUGAGUGAAUGGUUCUUUGUUUGUAUCAUGGUCUUUGUUCUUAUAACUGGUCUUCUUAGUGAAGCUAUUGGACAACAUUAUGUUAUGGGACCAUUGCUUUUAGGAUUGGUUUUACCAGAAGGGCCACCUAUAGGAACAAGUUUGAUUGCUAAAAUAGAGGCAUUUACUUAUGCAUUCUUUUAUCCGAUUUACCUUACGAUUUCCGGAAUGAAAACUAAUCUCUUCAAGAUUGAUUACAAGUCUAUGUGGAUUAUGUGUCUCCUUGUGGUUGUUUCUGUUGUGGUGAAAACUGGAGCUGUUAUGCUUUCUGGAUACUACACUAAUGUACCUUUGAAAGAAUGUUUCGUGAUCGGGCUGAUUGUGAACUCACGGGGCGUAGCGGAACUUCUUGUUUAUAAUCUAUGGAGGGGAUCCAAGUUACUAUCCGAACAAGAGUUCUCUUUGGCAGUGUUUUCUGUCAUCGCGAUAAAUGCUAUCGUUACACCGCUUAUAAAAAUUUUGACAGAAAACAUCCCAGCAAUGAUGAACCUAUUGGAAGUAUCUCAUGCAAGUGAAGAUAGCAAUGUUAGAGUGACAGCACUAAUUCUAGUAGAGCUUUUAGGAAGAUCAAGACCACUUCUUGUCGCGCAUCAACCGCACGAUAUCCUAAGGUGCACCUCGUCAAAUUCAAAACAAGUCAAUCAUGCAUUUUACCAAUAUAUAGAACAGAAUAAAGGGUAUGCAACAGUUGAAUUGUUUACUUCGGUCUCGAAUUUAGAAACCAUGAAUGAUGAUGUUUGUCGGAUAGCAAUCGACAGAAUUGCCAACAUUUUGAUUCUUCCUUUUCAUAAGCAAUGGGAGAUUGAUGGAAGUGUUGAAGUAACAAACAAAUCAAUUCAAUACAUGAACAUUAAAGUUCUAAACACGGCGCCAUGUUCUGUCGGAAUCCUAGUUGAUAGAAGUGCAAACAAUACCAAACCACUGUUUUCAAAGUCUACAACGCCGUCAUCAUACCAGGUCGGCGUGUUCUUCAUUGGAGGUCCAGAUGAUAUAGAAGCACUAGCCUAUAGUUCAAGAAUGUGCAGGCAUGAGAGCGUGAAAGUUACCGUGAUUCGGUUUCUAGAAUAUGGAUUGGAAAAUUCUAAAGAAAGGAGGCGCGAGGGCGAUAUGAUUGGCGAAUAUCGAAACAUAAAUAAGGCAAACCGUAGGUUUAAGACGGUUGAUGAAGUUAUAAAAGACGGAAUAGAAAUGUCCAAGAGAAUUAAAAAACGGAUAGAUUCUUUUGAUUUGGUUAUGGUAGGAAAGGAGCAUGCAAAAUCAGCUUUGCUUCAAGGGUAUGAGGAAUGGAGUGAGUGUCCUGAAUUAGGAGUCAUUGGAGACAUGCUUUCUUCUCCCGAUUUCGAAACCAAGACUUCUAUUUUGGUUGUGCAACAACAGAGAAUUAUUCAAAGAAAGUUUUCUAAGGCCAAAGUUUUUCCAAUGACACAAGAAAAAGAAAAAGAUUACCUUUUACAUUCUCAUGCAUUUGAUAUGCAAAUAAGAAUAGAUGAAAAAAAAGUAGAAGAUAGAUAA